UCGCCGUGGGUGGGUAGCCAUGGCGAUUUGGGAUAAGGCCACAAGCAGUUGACCGGGGGAGAUUGAGAUAGGUGCUGUCGACGUGGCGAAGACCAGAGCUGGUGCCUCCCUCACCCGGUCGGUCACGGUGCGACUCCGCCACGCCCGCCGCCGCCCGUCGGGCCCCGGAUUGCUGCUGCGCGGGGAAGGGCCACCGGCCACUCCGUCCAUUUUCCUCCGUGCGCCGUCCCCCGGAGUGCUCCUCCCCCUCCGCCGCCGCUCAGAUCUGGAGGAGGACAUCGCCCCCGAGCUCGUCGCCGCGGCCGCCUCCUUUCCCCGCCUCGGCCGCCUCCGCUCUCCGCCGCUGCAGGUGAGGCCCCCCUUCCUUUGACCACGUCCCGAGCCCAACUCGAACCCAGACCGCGCCGGACUCGAGUCCGACCCGCACCCAUCUCGUCUUCUGCUCACCGACGCCUGGGCCCCAACUUAUUUCCGCUCUCUCUCUCCUCCUAGCCUCCAUCUCGUCUCCUCCCCCACCCACUCCGCUUAACCCUAACCCUAACCCGCCGCCGGCGAGACCACGGACCUCGCGGGCCCUCCCGCGCCUUCAUCCAGGGGAAGUUUUGCGCUAUGCACCUGCCUUUCCCCGUCCCCCGCACCCCGGAACAGGCAUGAUGACUCAGACCAUGCAAGGGAAAGUUUCGCGCUAUGCACCAAGCAGCUUUUCCGUUCAGGAACGGUAUUCGCAGAGUGAACUUGAUAUGCUUCAGCUGGACAACAUCGAUCAGCCUACCUCUCCAGUUCGCCGCCUUAUCACUCAAAGAAUUGAAGCGUACCUGAAACAGAGGGAAGAAUUUUGUAACUUCAACCCAGAUUAUCUUCUGAAAAUUUCAAGAAACAUUGAUGAAAAACUCUACAGAGACGCUCAAACAACGCUCCAUUACAUGGAUCUCAACACUGUAGAAGUUAGAGUGAAUACUGUGCUCAGUUCUAUAUCAUUUGGCAGCCACAGAGAUUCUUGGUUAUCUUCAGCAACUUCAUUCACACAAAACUUACAGCAGCUGACUGGGAUACAGGUGCCAGAUUCUAGUAUCUAUCAGGGUAGAGAUGGCCCUGGUUUUACUAAUGCACCCUCGCGUGUGCCUUCAUGUACUGUGUUCACUUCUCAGAGAUAUGCACCAAAUGAUCACAAUAUGGCUGCUGCUAAUUUUGCUAUAGCUGGAAGGCCUGAAACCAUUACAAACACCAUAGUUGCUCCAUGUGUCUCUGCACUUCCAAAUUGUAGUUCUGGCCUUUGUGGGAUUGUCAGUGCUGGAUUGCACAAUGGCCACAUAAAGGACAAUUUUCCAGGUGAUGCUCAUCAAAUUGAUAGUCCACAACCGUCAAUGUCUGGGAGUUCCAGUCCUUUCUCAGCAGUGUGUGAUCCAACCACAAUUUCCAGUACAAUGAUAAGAUCUUCGAUGGACUCUAUCUAUAAAACAAAUGGACAAAAACUUUCUACAGGUUGCAAUGUAAAUUCUCCCGGUCAGGAACGAUCAUUUCAACUAUACAGAGAAUAUGAGAAAGAUUUAGAUUGUGCAUGGAAUCAGCCAGUUAAGCAAUCAAAUCAGUCAAAUGUCACAACUGAAAGCCAUGAAAUGUUGUACCUCAGUGACCACACUGAAAAGUGUCUAUAUCCCAAAGGAGAAUGUGGAGUUGACAGAAACAUGGAAAUGAAAGAAAAGCAUUGGCACAUAUCGGACUGCAAAGGUUUGUGCAGGGAGAAAUACACAAAUUUAAACACACCCUUUUCCCACUGCCAGUGCUGCUUCAUAACUGAUUGUGGUACUUGUGACCCUGUGAGAGAGAGCGUGGAGAGAUCUGAACAGACAUCAAAUAGCACGGUGUCAAAGCCAACUUCACCUAUUUCAGAUGAAUCUUCUGGCAAGCAUCGUCCGGCAAAACGCAUGAAGGCUGAUUUUCCCAAUCAUGCCCAUGCCAGUCAAAUAGAGAGUCCAAAGGAGCAAAAGCCUGUUGUCAAUGAGACUCAUGUAUAUAGAGAAACAGUACAAUCAGAAAGCACAGAAUUGCCUACAAAGUCAUCAUUCUGCAGUUCCUUGGGAGACAAUAAUGCUGACACCAAUAAAAUAUUUGAAUCUGGUAGUGUAGAUGUGCAUAAGAUGGAGACUGUUAAAUCACCGGAGACUUGUGCACAAACAGAAGAAUUGCACUGUACAAAUGGUGAUAUUGAGAUGAAAGACUCUAAGACUGCUGCAUUGCAUCAGACACCAAGAGGGGUCAAUUUAAAUUCAAGGAAAAAACGAGCGGCUUCCAUACUUUACUCAUUAACUACUGAGGAGCUUAGAGAUCACAUGGGAAGCCUAAACCAACAUACUUGUCUGAGCAAGGCGACAUCUGAAGAAUUUCAAUUAAUUGAAGGAUUGCCUGAUCAGAAUACAUGCAGUUUAUGUGGGAUGGAGAGGCUUCUUUUUGAACCUCCUCCCCGAUUUUGCGGUCUCUGUUUCAAAAUAAUAAAUUCUACAGGCUGCUAUUACGUUGCAGUUGAAAAUGGGAAUGAUAAAAUUUCUAUAUGUAGCAAAUGCCACCAUCUUAGUAGUUCAAAAGCUAAAUACGAUAAGAGAUUCAGUUACACCGAAACAGAUGCUGAGGCUGAAUGGUGGGUCCAGUGCGACAAGUGCAAAGCUUGGCAGCAUCAAAUCUGUGCUCUUUUUAACAAAAAAGUUGUAGAUGAAGAGGCGGAAUAUACUUGCGCUAAAUGUUUCUUGAAGGAAAAAGAUUGUGGAAAUAUUUAUUCGCUGGAGUCAUCCACUGUUCUUGGAGCAUGGGAGUUGCCAAGAACUAAACUAAGUGAUCAUGUUGAGCGAAGGCUUUCGGAGAGGCUUGAGCGGGACAGGCAGCAAAGGGCAAGUGCCUCCGGAAAAAGUGUUGAAGAGGUACCAGGAGUUGAAGGUCUUACAGUUAGAGUGGUUUCUUCAGCUGAUAGAGUACUCCAAGUGCAACCGCGUUUUCAAGAAUUUUUUAAACAAGAAAAGUACCCUCGCGAAUUUCCAUACAAAUCAAAGGCCAUUCUGUUGUUUCAAAAGAUCGAUGGUGUAGAUGUUUGUCUGUUUGCCAUGUAUGUACAAGAGUACGGCUCAGAUUGCCCAUCACCAAACCAGAGGCAUGUUUAUCUUGCAUAUAUCGAUUCUGUCAAGUACUUCAGGCCUGAAAUCAAAUCUGCAAGUGGGGAAGCUCUCCGUACCUAUGUGUAUCAUGAAAUUUUGAUUGGUUAUCUGGAUUACUGCAAGAAACGAGGAUUUGUAAGCUGUUCUAUAUGGGCUUGCCCAUCUACAAAGCGCGAUGACUAUGUUUUAUAUUGUCAUCCAACAGCACAAAAGAUGCCCAAGUCUGACAAGCUUCGGAGUUGGUACCAGAACUUGAUCAAGAAGGCUGUUAAGGAGGCUGUAGUUGUGGAGCGCAAUACACUCCAUGACUUUUUCCUUCAGCCUACCAAUGAAAGCAAGGCCAAUAUCUCAGCAGCAUGCUUGCCAUACUGUGAGAACGAUUUCUGGCCUGGGGAAGCAGAGAAACUCCUUGAGAAGAAAGAUGAUAAAACUUCACAGAAGAAAGAGACGCAAGUGGGAAGGCUCUUACGUGUUGCCAAACGUGAUGACAGAAAAGGAAACCUUGAGGAUAUUUUGCUUGUGCACAGGCUUGGAGAAAGGAUGCGCACCAUGAAAGAAGACUUUAUUAUGCUUUGUCUGCAGCAGUUCUGCAAGCACUGUCACCAACCCAUUGUAUCUGGUAAAAGUUGGGUUUGCACCAGCUGUAAAAACUUCCAUCUUUGUGACAAGUGUCAUGCUGAGGAGCAGAAUACCGCACAGAAGGACAGGCAUCCAGCUACAACGAAACAGAAGCAUGCAUUUCGAAGGAUAGAGGUAGAACCUCUUCCGGAGACUGAUGAUGGAGACCCAGCAAUGGAAAGGAAGUAUUUUGACAGCAGAAUAGAUUUCUUGAAGCACUGCCAAGACAAUCAGUACCAGUUUGAUACCCUCCGGCGAGCAAAACACUCUACAAUGAUGAUUCUUUAUCUUCUACAUAAUUUGGCUUGUUCUGCUUGCCACCAUGCCAUGGAUCAAUGCUUGGCGUGGCGGUGUCUAGUGUGCCUAGGCUGCAACUUUUGUGAUCCAUGCUACAAACAAAAUGGUCAGAGUUUGCAUAUUCAUGAAUUGAGACAGACUGACAAUCGCAAAAUAUUGCAGAAGAACACUCUACAGCAGGACUACUUUGAAGGCUUGAUGCAUGCAUCGAGAUGCUUCGAUCCUCGUAAUUGCUCUUCUCAAAUUUGUGUAACCUUGAAGAAAUUGUUCUUCCAUGGUGUACGAUGUGAUAUUCGUGCUCGCAACUGGGGUGGUUGCAAGAAGUGUGUGUUCAUGUGGAAACUUCUGCUCAGCCACUCAAGAGAUUGCAAUCACGCGGAUUGUUCAGUUCCCAGAUGCAGGGAUAUAAAAGUAUACAUGACUGGAAAAAAGAAGCUUGCUGGGCCUGUGUUGUAGCAGGUCAGCGGAUCAGAAGUCUGCUUCAUGUAUACACAAGUGAACUAGUACUGGAUCCCCCCCCCCCCCUCCUUAAGCAGUAAAAUUUGUUGGUGAAAAUACAAUAAAUCUGUGGUUGGGCGGACUGACUGCAAGGUAAAUAAAAUGGUGACUUGGUGGUGGCAACGUGGAGGUGGCUGUGGCCUGAGUUAUUUGUUUCGCUGGUUUUCCUGUCAUUGGCUGAUGAAAGGCAUGCCUGUCGAGUGGCUGCGCUAUAACUGUUGUUUCUCAAAUUUACCCAGGGAAUUACCAACGGAAGCUUACAUAGGCAAUCUGACAUUUGUUUAGUGUCCGUACAUAUCUUGUACAUAUAGUUCCCUUGCAAUUCAUAGGUGGAUCAACAGAAUAGAUGGUUUCAUUUCUUCCUUGUCCUUCUUUUUUGUUCCAGAUUGUAUUGAACAAGGCCACAGUUUUGUUCAGUAUUGCUGUGCAGUGGCGACAUCAAAAUUCAAUGAAUGAGAAUUGUGUA